AAGACUGAAAGAAAUAAAACUCUGCCGGUGUGAGAAGGACUGCUUUUCUUCGGCAGAUAAAGUGAGGAAGGGUAUUUUUCCAACUACUUGGGGAUGUGGAUGUUUUUUAUUCACCGGGCGCGCUAAUGCCCCAUAAAACAGGAAAUGGUUUGCUCAUCUAAAGAUCAAAUAUAACUGGACUGCUGUUGAUGUUAUCGGUUUUUUAUCUGAACCAUCUCUCUGCCCAGUGAGUCUCGGUGUGAGUGUGUGUGUGGAGGGAGGCGCGGAACAACAUCCAGAGAACUAGUACAGGCUACAGGGUGGGAAUUGAGUUACAUUGCAAUUACGCUUUUCUUGCAAAACGACGUAUUUCUGCGGGCAGCGGACACUCUCAGCAAAAACCUGAGCCAAACUAACAGAGAAUUUAUUUUUUAGAGCUUGACGAGAGGGAACACACGGAUAAACCAGAGCCGUGUGUGUAUAUACACACUUGUGCGAGAGCCGGGGGGGGCGCACACUACAUGUGUAUGUGAGAUGAGGAGAAGCUAAGUGGCUACCACAACCACCCAGAUCAGACAGCCUCCUGUGCUGCAAGAUGGAUUAGAGCCCCACACCUCAGGAGAUCAAAGGUGGCUGUGACAGGGGCACCCCCGGGGCAGGACCCAUGAGGAGUCAUAGAAGAUGCUCACAGCCUGGGCGCUUCUGCUCUUCUUAGCCAUGUGGGUGAGAAGCACCUCCGGUGGCCCGCUCUCCUUCAGAAUAGCUGCCAUCCUUGAUGACCCUAUGGAGUGCAGCAGAGGAGAGCGUCUGGCCAUCACGCUGGCCAAAGACAGCAUCAACAGGAGCAGUAACCGCUCCACCACUGGCAAGCUGGAGGUGGACAUCUUUGAACUGCUGAGAGACAGUGAAUAUGAGAUGGGGGAAACAAUGUGCCAGAUCAUGUCGAAAGGGGUGGUGGCGGUCCUCGGCCCCUCUGCCAGUCCAGCCUCCAACUCCAUCAUCAGCAAUAUCUGUGGAGAGAAGGAGGUGCCCUAUGUCAAGGUGGCUCCAGAGGACAUUCUGAAGGUCCAGUUCCCCCGCUUUACCACUCUGGACCUGAGGCCAACUAACACUGACAUCAGCCUGGCUGUGGCCGGCCUUCUCACCUUCUUUAACAGCACCACCGCCUGCCUCAUCUGUGCACAGGCUGACUGCUUACUGAACCUGGAGCAGCUCCUCAGGCAGUUCCUCAUCUCCAAGGAGACUUUGUCAGUGCGCAUGCUUGACGACAGCAACGACCCGACCCCGCUGCUGAAGGAGAUACGAGAUGACAAGACUGCCACUAUCAUAGUCGAUGCCAAUGCCACCAUGUCACAUAUCAUUUUAGAACGGGCAUCAGAGCUGGGGAUGCUGUCAGUCUACUACACUUACAUCUUCACCUCUCUGGAAUUCUCUUUACUCCGGCUGGACGACGUGGUGGACCAACGGGUCAACAUAGUCGGUUUUUCAGUCUUCAACAAAACGCAUCCCUUCUUCCAGGAUUUCGUGCUAAGCCUCAACCGCUCCUGGCAAGAGAACUGUGACCACGCACCCUUCGCCGGCACCCCGCUCUCCUCAGCUCUGCUCUUUGAUGCGGUAUACGCGGUGGUGGCGGCGGUCCAGGAGUUGAACCGGAGCCAAAACGUUGGCGCCACUCAGCUCUCCUGCAAGUCCUCCAAGAUCUGGGAGCACGGCACCAGCCUCAUGAAUUACCUGAGGAUGGUAGAAUUGGAUGGUCUAACGGGCCACAUUGAAUUCAACAGCAAAGGUCAGAGGUCAAACUACGCCCUGCGGAUCAUGCAGAACAGCAAGGAUGGCCUAAGGCAGAUUGGCCUGUGGCACUCUGAAGAUGGACUGUCCAUGGAGAAAAAGCUUCCAUCAAUCAAUGUGACGGACACCCUCUUCAACACCACUCUCACCAUCACGACGAUAUUAGAGAAUCCAUAUGUGAUGCUUCGGCAGAACCACCAAGAACUGGAGGGAAACGAGCGAUACGAAGGCUUCUGCGUGGACAUGCUGAAGGAGCUGGCAGACAUUCUCAAGUUCAAGUAUCGCAUCCGUCUUGUGGGGGACGGACUGUACGGGGUUCCCGGAGCCAACGGGACAUGGACUGGCAUGGUCGGAGAGCUCAUCUCAAGGAAAGCUGACCUGGCAGUGGCGGGCCUCACCAUCACAGCAGAGCGCGAAAAGGUCAUCGACUUCUCCAAGCCCUUCAUGACCCUCGGCAUCAGCAUCAUGUACCGCGUCCACUUGGGACGUAGGCCAGGCUACUUUUCCUUCCUGGAUCCCUUCUCCCCUGGCGUCUGGCUCUUCAUGCUUCUGGCUUAUUUGGCCGUCAGCUGCGUCCUCUUUCUUGUGGCCAGAUUGACACCUUAUGAGUGGUACAACCCCCACCCCUGUCUGAAGGGUCGCUGCAACCUUCUGAUAAACCAGUACUCACUCGGCAACAGUUUCUGGUUCCCUGUUGGAGGCUUCAUGCAGCAAGGAUCCACCAUUGCUCCCAGAGCUCUGUCCACUCGUUGUGUCAGCGGAGUGUGGUGGGCAUUCACAUUAAUCAUCAUCUCAUCCUACACCGCCAACCUGGCUGCCUUCCUAACAGUCCAGAGGAUGGAGGUGCCGAUAGAGUCGGUAGACGACCUGGCGGAUCAGACGGCGAUAGAGUACGGCACCAUGCACGGAGGAUCCACAAUGACUUUCUUCCAGAACUCUCGCUACCAGACCUACCAGCGCAUGUGGAACUUCAUGCACUCGAAGCAGCCCAGUGUGUUUGUGAAGAGCACGGAGGAGGGCAUCGCCCGUGUCCUCAACUCCAACUAUGCCUACUUGCUAGAGAGCACCAUGAACGAGUACUACCGCCAGAGGAACUGCAACCUGACUCAGAUUGGAGGACUGUUGGACACCAAGGGCUACGGCAUCGGCAUGCCGCUGGGGUCAGUGUACCGUGAUGAGUUUGACCUGGCCAUCCUCAAACUGCAGGAGGACAAUCGUUUGGAGAUCCUCAAGAGGAAGUGGUGGGAUGGUGGCAAGUGUCCAAAGGAAGAGGACCACCGUGCCAAAGGUCUGGGCAUGGAGAACAUCGGCGGUAUCUUUGUGGUGCUGGUGUGUGGCCUGCUGGUGGCUAUCUUCAUGGCCGUGCUGGAGUUUGUCUGGAUGUUAAGACAGGCACCAGGAAAUGAGCAGUCAGUGUGUGAGGAGAUGCUGCGGGAGCUCCACGGGAUCGUCUUGUGCCGCGACAGCCUGCAGGUGAGGCGCCGGCGGGCGGCUUCGAUGCUGCGGCCGCGGCCCUUACCCCUGGAGGAGCGCCGGGCCCGAGCUGCCGCCGUCAGCCUCAGCAACGGCAAGCUGUGCGGGGGCACCGGACUGCCUGAACCCCUCUCCCACAGACUGGCGCAGGAGGCGGCCUUGGUGGCGAGGGGUUGCAGCCAUAUCCGCAUUUGCCCCGAGUGCCGGCGCUUCCAGGGACUGAGGAUGCGUCCUGGAGGGGCCACUGGGGCCCUCCCUUCUCCCACACACAGUGAGGAGAGCAUAGAGUGGGACAAGACCACAAAUAGCAGUGAACCUGAAUAACGCCAGGCGAUUCUAACAGGACUGACUUUCCCUCUCUUCUUUCCAGGGAUCAAAGAUUACACGGUAUUUUGAUUCAGCCAUUCGGAGCUUGAUCUUUAAGGGCAGGACGGUGCUGUGAACUCUGUUUUGCCCGAGAGGCAACAGCCAGUAGUCAGUUUUAGAGUCUCCUUGGGUGAAUUUUUUCCUCGGGUCAUAGGAGAAACUGAUGAGUCUGUCUCGUUGUGGUCUGUCCCUGUUGGCCCUCUGUACUGUGUCAAACAGGACGGACAAAAACAGCUACGGGGCAUUUGUACUAUGCAGUAUUUUCAGUCAUUUAUCAUUGUGCUGUUUCUUUUUUUCCCCUUUUUAAAUUAUUUCUGUCCUCUGUUGGAUUAUAAGUACUGAAUAUUGUUAUUCUAUUGUUCUUAAAAAAAAAAAAAAAACUUUAAACAAGUUCCUUUUUUAUCUGACAAUUUACUGUAUGAAGGUAUAUUGCCUCUGAAGAGCUGCAAAGAUGAACAGACUAAUGCAAGGUCAUCCUUCAAACCCUUUUAUUUUGAAAGUGCCAAAAACCAUAAGUAUUAUCUUGUGGCUGAAGAAAGCACCACAGCCUUGAGAAGACAACAAACUCAACUGAACCUACAAAACAAACAAACAAAGACACACGGACUGCUUUUAUAGUAGUGAUAUUCUAUUAAAAAAAUGUUUUAACUGUUGGUAUCUCUGAAAGACAGCGAUGCAUGUCCAGAGGUGUUGGCAGGUGCUCUUAGAAUGAUUAAUUGCUUGAUGGUGGCUGAGUAGCUGAAAGAAUGAUUUCCUGUUUUGAAUACCUGCUUAAAAACAUGAUGGAUACACACACAAAGACAUCCAUUAAUUUCCCUCUUUCUCUGUGUCUUGACAUUACUUUCUCCUCCAUCUGUCUUUGAAACCAUGACACAUUUAUUGUCUCAUCACCUGUCCUUUUUAUGAUCUCUCACAACAACAUACACACAGCCUCCUGUGCAUCCCGUAACAGAUGAGAUGAGGUAUAUUAUAUCAGAGCCAACUGAAAACAUAAAAUCUCCAGUAGAGCAAAAGUGUUUUAAUAUCCGCAGUUGAUUUGAAUUCUUUUAAAAUGUCAAGGCAGUUAAACCUUUACUGAAUGUGAUGUUUUACACACUGCUUCGAGGGGUAUUUCAGUUUGGAUCAGCCGAGAUGCUCUCUGACAUUUUCAUACUUUUAUUUUUGUAAAAACCCAAACCAAACAAAGAAUAUAUUAAUCAGGUCUGUUAAGGCACAGACAUAUAAUGCAAACUGAUGACGAACAUAACUGAAAUACUGGUUGGUUGUAUUCAUCAUUUGCAUUACAUCAACCAUUCCUCCAGCAGUGAAACAAUGAGGACAAACCUGCAGCAACAGGGGUCUGACUUCCUGCAGAGACGGCCGGUUUGAAGGUUUUACUGUAUGAUAGUCUGACUGUUGCACAUCGGGAAUCAACGGUCAUCCACCUGUCUUCACUGCUACUUGCUUAUGUCUGAUGUGUCCAUCAUUUAAAAUCUACCCAUCAGACUCUGUCAGUCAUCAUCCCUCAGAACUAGGCCACAGACUCCACACAGCUCCAAGGUGCCGCCGCAGCAUCUCUCUUGUACUUGUAUUAGCCACGUUCACUUUCUAUCUUCAUCAUUUCUCACCUGCAGGUUGUCGUAGUUAGAAAUUCUCUGCAUAUGAUCGUUUAAACCUGGAAAAGGAGUGAAUUUUAAAGGUGUGCAACCUGUUUUUUAUAUUUCACAUAAACACAGUUGGUCACACCUCACUGUUGUAAAGAUCAUCGUAAGGUACCUACACAAACCCAAACCUCCAUUCAAAUCCAAUUUCUGUUUGCAAGCAACACUCAGAACCUCUCCAUACAAAGUUCUUUUUUAAAACAGCAAAAGGAAAAAUAAACUUGAAAUGAUAACAAUCAAAACUAGAAAUAAUUUAUAGGGGAUUUCGACCAGAGCCGGUGCCCAAUUGUGAACUGGUCCUUUGGAUUUCCACCGCCAAAUAGCCGGCUCCCGGCCUGGAAAACUGGUUCCACAACUGCACCAACUCUUUGCUGGGCUGGAACCGCAAACCACCACGUCAGGGGCUGGGGGUGGGGCUAUCUGACCAGCAAGACCAACUCAGUGCCAUUGAGAGAGACCAACUAAAACUUGUAUCAUUCA